CGAACUUCAACGUUUCGAUUUAUUCGGACAACAACAACGUCAAGAAAUUCUCCCUUGCCCUUAAACAGCCUUUCUUCAGCGAAAUAAGGAGAAAUGGGGGGCAAGUCUGCUAGCAAGGCCGCUUACUUCGAGAAGCUCAAGGCCCUUCUCGAUGAGUACAAGACGGUUUUCAUUGUCGGUGUCGACAAUGUCAGCUCCCAGCAGAUGCACGAGAUCCGUGUCUCUCUGCGUGGUGAGGGUGUCGUCCUGAUGGGUAAGAACACCAUGGUUCGCCGUGCCAUCAAGGGCUUCGUCAACGACAACCCCGAGUACGAGCGCCUGCUUCCCUUCGUUAAGGGCAAUGUCGGUUUCAUCUUCACCAACGGUGACCUCAAGUCCACCAAGGAGAAGAUCUUGGCCAACCGUGUUGCUGCUCCUGCUCGUGCUGGUGCCGUUGCCCCCGCUGACGUCUGGAUUCCCGCUGGUAACACCGGUAUGGAACCCGGUAAGACCUCUUUCUUCCAGGCUCUCGGUGUCCCCACCAAGAUUGCUCGUGGUACUAUUGAAAUUACCACCGACCUGAAGCUCGUUGAGGCUGGCGCCAAGGUUGGCCCCUCCGAGGCCACCCUGUUGAACAUGCUCAACAUCUCUCCCUUCACCUACGGUAUGACCAUCGCUCAGGUCUACGACCAGGGUCAGACCUUCGGUUCCGACGUUCUCGACAUCGAGGAGUCCCAGCUUCUCGAUGCGUUCAGCGCUGCCAUCAAGACCAUCACCACCAUCUCUCUGGCCGCUAACUUCCCUACCCUUCCCUCUGUCAUCCACUCCGUGGUCAACAGCUACAAGAAGGUUCUCGCUGUUGCCAUCGAGACCGAGAUCUCCUGGCCCGAGAUUGAGGAGCUCAAGGACCGUAUCGCCAACCCCGACGCUUACGCUGCCGCCGCUCCUGCCGCUGACGCCUCUGCCCCUGCCGCUGGUGGUGCUCCCGCUGCUGAGGAGGCCGCUGAGGAGGCUGAGGAGUCUGAUGACGACAUGGGCUUCGGUCUCUUUGACUAAACGUCUCGCGUCAUUUCUACACGUGAAACGAUCGCCAUGUUUUAGAUAUCCUUCUUACCAAUCUUGACGAUUGGAUGAAUGAAAAAGAUUUCAUGGUCAAGAAUGUUAUGGUCAAACCUUCAUCUAGAUAUGGAACGUAGUUUGCGCUCCAUUGUCUGAUGAAUCAACGAAGGUAAGCUCAAUUUGUCUUCACAGAGUCUUUCCCAUGCACAACAUUCCUGGGUGAAUGAUGAUCCUUUUUAACUCGGAGCUAUCGCUUUGAAGAUCAAAAACAGCAACAACUUACACUCUAAUUUUUUGCUGACACCUUUGUUACUCUCUCACUUUUGUCCCUUGAACUUUUGAGGCAAUCGGAUGGCUAAUGACAAUUGUCAUAAUAGGUUCACGUUG